AUGAAACUACCAUGUAUUAAUCUCCUUGGGAGCAUAUUGUGGCUUCUAUUAAUCACAACCUCGGUUGUCGCUGAGACAGAGGCCGAAAGGAAUGCUGGUGUGUUUAUCCGCAAUUUGUCAGUGAGAAAUGGAAGCUCUGGCAGCCGGCCUCCCGUCUAUGCGACCAGGUUCAAGGGCGUCACUUGGGACGUUGCCAAUUGGAGAUUGACGACCACAGAGCUCGAUCAGGGCCAUUAUCAGUCCCGAGGAUCCAUCGCAAACGGAUACCUAGGCAUCAAUGUUGCUGCUCUUGGACCAUUCUUCGAACUGGACGUGCCCGUAUCUGGAGAUGUUAUUAACGGAUGGCCGGUGUUUUCACGAAGGCAAACAUUCGCUACAAUCUCCGAGUUCUACAGCUUCCAGGAGAGCAUCGAUGCCACGAACUUCCCCUGGCUCAACAAGUAUGGAGGCGACCUCAUUAGUGGUGUUCCGCACUGGUCCGGCUUGAUCUUGGACCUUGGUGACGGCAACUUCCUCGAUGCCACUGUGAAGAACACCACGAUUUCAAACUUCACCUCCACCCUAGACAUGAAGGGUGGAAUCCUCACGUGGCAGUACACUUGGAGCCCAGAGAAACAUAAUGGUACAUAUGAUAUAUUCUACCAGCUAAUAGCACAUAAGCUGCAUGUCAACCAGGCUCUUGUGCAUAUGGAAAUAACUCCAUCUAGAGAUGGAAAUGUAAGCGUGGUGAAUGUUCUGGACGGAUAUUCUGCAGUAAGGACUGAUUUCAAGGAUUCAGGCCUGGAUGGGGGUGCAAUCUAUACCUCUGUGAACCCUGAAGGCAUCAACAACGUCACUGCCUUCAUAUACGCGGAGAUGUCCGGCACUGAAGGCGUAGACCUAACUUCAUCGUCGCUUGUCACCAAUAAGCCUUACCUUCACACCAAUGGGUCUACAAUCGCCCAGAGCGUCAGCGUGAAGCUGCAAGCGGGACAGACUACAAAGAUAGACAAAUUCGUGGGCGCCGCGUCUUCAGACGGGUUUAAAAAUCCCCGGCUGGCUGCAAAAGAGGCAUCCGCGAGGGCUUUACGGACCGGCUACGAGGAGAGUCUGAAAUCCCACAUUGCUGAAUGGGCAGCUGUGUUUCCAGGUGACUCCGUAGAGGACUUUACCGUUCCCAUGACUAACUGGCUUCCGUUGGAUCACCACAUCAUUGAGUCUUCUAUCGUUGCAGUUGUGAAUCCCUACUAUCUCCUACAGUCAACCGUUAGCUCCAAUGCUCUAGCUGCAGCAAAGAAUGCCCCCCUCAACCGUGGCAGUAUCGCUGUCGGCGGGCUAACAUCUGAUUCAUACGGUGGGUUAGUAUUUUGGGAUGCAGAUAUUUGGAUGCAGCCGGGUCUUGUGGUAGCCUUCCCAGAAGCGUCUCAGAUAUUCUCCAACUAUCGAGCCGACAAGUACGGCCAGGCGCUAAGAAAUGCUCAGACGCAAUAUACCUCAUCAAAAAACAAGACGCAGUUCUCAUCAGAUGCCGCAGCGUAUCCCUGGACCAGCGGAAGAUUCGCCAAUUGCACCGCUACGGGACCAUGCUUUGACUACCAGUAUCACUUGAAUGGCGACAUUGGACUGCAAAUGGUCAACAAUUGGGUCACGACUGGAGACACGGAGAAUUUCAAGACGAAGCUUUUUCCGGUCUACAACUCUAUUGCGACGUUCUUUGCUGAGCUGAUGGAGAAAAACGGAACUAAAUGGACAGUAACCAAUAUGACAGACCCGGACGAGUAUGCCAACUCAGUUGACGGUGGCGGCUAUACAAUGCCUCUGAUCGCGUCUACCCUGAUGUACGCCAAUAUGUUUCGACAAAUGUUUGGCCUUGAGCAGAACCAGACUUGGAAUGAUAUGGCACAAAAUGUCCUCAUCUCCAGAGAUCCGACCUCGCAGGUGACGUUGGAGUAUACGACUAUGAAUGGAAGCACCCAGGUUAAACAGGCUGAUAUUGUUCUGAAUACCUUCCCUCUUCGUUUUACCGAAGGCUACUCGCAUGAUGAUGCUCUCCGAGACUUGGACUACUAUGCGGCAAAACAGUCGCCAAAUGGGCCUGCGAUGACUUAUGCUAUAUUCUCCAUUGUUGCCAAUGAGGUGUCUCCAUCUGGAUGCUCAGCGUAUACCUAUGGGCAGUAUUCAUUCAGCCCAUACGUUCGAGCACCGUUCUUCCAGUUUUCAGAACAGCUGGUUGACGACUGGUCGCUCAACGGGGGAACGCAUCCUGCGUAUCCUUUCUUGACCGGAAACGGCGGAGCUAACCAGGUUGCGGUGUUUGGUUACCUGGGGCUGCGGCUCAUACCCGAUGGGAUAUUGCAUCUGAACCCCAACCUACCUCCACAGAUCCCUCAUAUACGGUAUAGAACAUUCUACUGGCACGGUUGGCCCCUUGAAGCAAGUGCAAACUACACCCAAACCACCAUACAGCGAGCGACAAACCGGCGCCCUCUAGCAAGUGCGGAUCCCAAGUAUGCGAAUGCUCCCAUCCCCGUCCACGUUGGACCCGAAAACAACGUUACCAUGUACUCGCUACCUCCAAGCGGACAGUUGGUAAUUCCCAACCGCCAGUCCGCCUCUAUAGCCACUCAGCGCGGCAACCUCAUCCAGUGCCAGCCUGUCUUCUCCCCGAACGAGUACUCUCCGGGACAAUUCCCCAUCUCUGCAGUUGACGGAGCUGCCUCGACUAAAUGGCAACCUCUGCGUGCGAGCUCGACCUCCUCCCUGACUGUCUCACUGCCAGACAGCGCUUCAUCCUCGAUCAGCGGCUUUGCCUUCGACUGGGCACAGGCGCCACCCCACGGCGCAAUGGUAGUCCUACACGACGAGCCGUUGUACCCUGUGAUAGACCUCGACAGCGUUUCUACUUCUCCCACUACGCCUCCCGGCACAGUCACUGUCUGGGAGACGCCAAAGGUACCACUUUCUGACCCGUACGACCCUAUCAAGAUAAAUCUCAAUACGAUCAUGGCCUACAAGGGGAACACGACGAACAUAACACUACCAUCGUCAGUGCCUGCCACCAAAUUUGCGACUCUCCUCAUCAGGGGCAACCAGGCCCUGGAACCGGCUGAGAUUAAAGCCGGCAAUGGGACAGGAGCAACCGUUGCGGAAUGGUCUAUAUUGAGAUCCAUUUAA